CGUGACGACGCGCCCUGCCGGCGACGCGUUCAUUAUAUUCAUUUCUCUCCUUGUUCCUAACUUUCAUUCUCGACGACCAGCCCGAGCGGCUGAACAUCGCCCAAGAUGGACUCGGACCUCAUAAAGCUCGUUAACAAGCUCCAGGACACCUUCCACAACCUGGGAGGGGAACUGGAUAUGCCCCAGCUGGUGGUGGUUGGAAGCCAGAGUGCGGGGAAGUCCAGUGUCCUGGAGACCAUCGUCGGAAAGGACUUCCUGCCGCGCGGGUCCGGCAUUGUCACGCGAAGACCGCUGGUCCUCCAGCUCAUUCACACCCCGGUUCCCGAGGACAACCCGCCACCGUUCACCGAGUGGGGCCAGUUCCUGCACGUCGACAAGCGCUUCACGGACUUUGAGGACAUCCGCAAGGAGAUUGAGCAGGAGACGUUCCGCGUCGCGGGGCAGAACAAGGGCAUCAGCAAGCUGCCCAUCUCGCUGAGGAUCUACAGCCCGAAUGUGCUCGAUCUGACGCUGGUGGACUUGCCGGGUUUGACGAAGAUCCCAGUAGGCGACCAGCCGAGCGACAUUGAGAAGCAGAUUCGAAACUUGGUGGUCGAGUACAUCAGUAACCCGAACAGCGUCAUCCUCGCCGUCUCGCCCGCUAAUGUCGACCUCGCGAACUCCGAGUCCCUCAAACUCGCGCGUACGGUCGACCCGCAAGGCCGCCGCACGAUCGGUAUCCUCACCAAACUCGACCUGAUGGACGCGGGGACGAACGCCUUGGAUAUCCUCACCGGUCGCGUGUACCCGCUCAAGCUCGGCUUCAUCGGCGUGGUGAACCGCAGCCAGCAGGAUAUCAACUCGCAGAAGGACAUGAAGGAGGCACUCAACUCCGAGGACGAGUUUUUCCGCACACAUCCUGCGUACCGGAAUAUCGCGCACAAGAACGGGACGAGAUAUUUGGCGAAGACGCUCAACUCGGUCCUCCUCAACCACAUCAGGGAGAAGUUGCCGGACAUGAAGGCGCGCUUGAACACGCUUAUGGGACAGGCACAGCAGGAGUUGAACUCCUUCGGGGAUGCUGCCAUCUUUGGCGACAAAAACUCACAAGGCGCCCUCAUCCUGCGCCUCAUGACCCAAUUCGCCCGCGACUUCGUCGCCUCAAUAGAGGGCACCAAUGUUGACAUCUCCACCAAGGAGCUAUCCGGUGGCGCGCGUAUCUACUACAUCUUCAAUGAUGUCUUCGGGCAUGCGCUCUCGAGCAUCGAGCCGAACUCGAACCUGGACAAUCAGGAUAUCCGUACGGCCAUCCGUAACUCGACCGGCCCACGACCCAGUCUCUUCGUGCCUGAGGUAGCCUUCGACCUGUUGGUGAAGCCGCAGAUCAAGCUACUGGAGGCGCCGAGCUUGCGCUGUGUGGAGCUGGUGUACGAGGAACUGGUGAAGAUCUGCCAUAAUUGCACGAGUGUCGAGCUCGAGCGGUUCCCGAGGUUGCAUUCGGCGCUAGUGGAGGUCGUGUCUGACCUGCUGCGUGAACGCCUAGGCCCGACGUCGGAGUAUGCGAGCAGUUUGAUUGCGAUACAAGCAGCGUACAUCAAUACGAACCAUCCGGCGUUUGUGAGUGGGUCUGCGCAGGCGGCACAACAGCAGCAACAACAACCCUCGCCCCAGCGCGCGCGGGUGAUGCCGCGGCCCCAGUCCACCGAGCCAAUAAAUGGCUUCGGCGGCUCAGAAAACGGCGACGACUCCUCAGAAGAGGGCGCUGACUCCUCGUCCACCGGCACACCACGCUCAGUAUCCGCAGCCACCAUGCACGACCGCCACCGCGCCUCCCUCGACAGCGGCUUCCCCACCCCGCGCCCACCGCAGCGGCCGCACUCCGCCGUGCCCAGCGUCGGCGGCGGGCAGCAGCACCACCAGCACCAGCACGGCUCGCACUCGAAGCGCGUGAGCUCGACGUCGAGCAGCCCACCGUCGGCGCGCGAGACGUUCCUCACGUACUUCUUUGGGCAGAGCGGGCCGGGGCCGGUCGCGGGGGCGAGCGUGGAGCGCGGGCAGGAGCAGGGGCCGAUGUCGAAGGCGGUUGUGCCGUCGGGGAGGGAUAUCACGGGGCCGGACAAUGCGAUUAAUUCGGGCUUGUUGGCGAAUAGGCAGGCGUUUGAUAUGAAGAGUUUGGGGAAGCAUAUCGAGGCGAUCCCGAACGACAACCAGCACCUCUCGAUGCGCGAGGAGAUGGAGACGAACCUGAUUCGCUCCCUUAUCUCCUCCUACUUUGGCAUCGUCCGCCAGAGUAUCCAGGACCUGGUCCCAAAGGCCAUCAUGCACUUCCUCGUCAACAACACGAGCCAGCAGGUGCAGAAUCGGCUCGUCGCGUCGCUUUACAAGCCCGAGCUGUUCGGGGACCUGCUCAACGAGGACGAAAGCCUGGUCGCGGAGCGCGCGCGGGUGAAGGCGUUAUUGGAUGCGUAUAAGGAGGCGUUCAAGACGCUGUCGGAUAUCAGCGUGGGCGGGCAUUCGUUUACGACGCCGAAGGCGGAGGGAGCAUGAAUGGGUUUAGGGUAGAAGGGAUGGGUUAGGAGUUGUUACGACACGACACGAUUGUUUUUCGACGCGACAUGAUUUGUUGUUGGGACCCAUAAACGAUUUCAUGCUCUAGUAUCAUACAUGUAACCCACGCUUGCAGUAGUAUCUCCUUCGUGGAGGCAGCCUAUAGAAUAUAAAUCCUGUCUCAGCA